AUGCAAUGGGGGGACGAGGGGAAGGGCAAGCUGGUGGACAUCCUCGCCCAGAAGUACGAGAUUGUGGCCCGUGCUCAGGGGGGAGCCAAUGCGGGCCACACCAUCUACGACACGGAGGGCAACAAGUGGAAGCUGCACCUCCUCCCCUCCGGCAUCCUGAACCCCAAGGCCAAAUGCGUGAUUGGCAACGGCGUGGUGGUCCACCUGCCGUCCCUCCUGGAGGAGAUUGAGGGCAUGGAGGCCCGGGGCGUAAGCGUGGAGGGCCGGCUGUUCAUCAGCAGCCGCGCGCACCUGCUCUUCGACCUGCACAAGGAGAUCGACGGGCGGCGCGAGGAGGAGCUGGCGGGCACGGGCAAGGAGAUCGGGACGACGCGGCGCGGCAUCGGCCCCGCCUACGCCUCCAAGGCCAUCCGCAACGGCCUGCGCGUGGGUGACCUCGCCCACCCCGACGCCUUUGCCGCCAAGCUGCGCGCGCUGGCGCUGGACGGGCAGCGCCGCUUCGCCGACUUUGACUACGAUGUGGAGGCGGAGAUCGCGUCGUACCGCGCCAUCGCGGCCCGCAUCGCGCCCUACGUCUCCGACACCGUGCACGCGCUGAACGAGUGGGCGGACGAGGGGCGGUCCAUCCUGGUGGAGGGCGCCAACGCCACCAUGCUGGACCUGGACUUUGGCACCUACCCCUACGUCACCUCCUCCAACCCCUCCAUCGGCGGCGUGGUGGUGGGGCUGGGCCUGGCGCCCCGCCGCCUGGGCGCCACCAUCGGCGUGGCCAAGGCCUACACCACGCGCGUCGGCGCGGGCCCUUACCCCACCGAGAUCCACGGCGAGCUGGCCGACACGCUGCGCGAGGUGGGCGCCGAAUAUGGGACCACCACGGGGCGGCCGCGCCGCGUGGGCUGGCUGGACAUGGUGGCCCUGCGCUACGCGGUGCGCAUCAACGGCCUGACCCACCUCAACCUCACCAAGCUGGACGUGCUGGACGGGCUGAAGGAGAUCAGGGUGGGCGUGGGGUACCGGACCCCGGAGGGGGACCUGCCCACCGUCCCCGCAGACCUGGAGACCCUGGAGCGCGCUGAGGUGGUGUGGGAGACGCUGCCCGGGUGGCAGCAGGACAUCAGCAAAGCGCGCACCUGGGAGGACCUGCCGGAGAACGCCAAGAAGUACGUGCGCUUCAUCGAGUCGAGGCUGGGCGUGCACGUCAAGUGGAUUGGGGUGGGACCGGGGCGCGAGGCUGUGGUGCUGAAGCCCCUGGAGCUCCCCGUGGGCGCCCGGUCGUGA